AACACGGGAAUCUCCUCCUCCUUUGAGACAACACCAGACCCUGAACCAACCAACAUCAUGGUCAAUUCCUGUUGUGGAUCCGUCUGCUCCAACCUGAGCUGCGGGAGAGGCUGUUGCCAACAGACCUGUUGUGAGCCCAGCUGCUGCAGUGGCCCUUGCUGUCCCCCCACAUGCUGCCAGACUACUUGCUGUAGAACCACCUGCUGCCGCCCGACCUGCUGCAGACCCACUUGCUGCCAGUCGAUCUGUUGCCAGCCCACUUGCUGCCGCCCAGUCUGCUGUGUGUCCAGCUGCUGCAGGCCCUGCUGCCCCCGACCUUGCUGCGUGUCUACCUGCUGCAGGCCCUGCUGCCCCCAACCUUGCUGUGUGACUAGCUGCUGCCAGCCUUGCUGCCGCCCCACAUGCUGCCAAACCACUUGCUGCCGGACGACUUGCUGCCGCCCGACCUGCUGUGUGCCCACCUGCUGCCAGCCUUGCUGCCGCCCGGCUUGCUGCCAAACCACCUGCUGCCGAACCACCUGCUGCCGCCCUACUUGUGGGACAUCAUUUUGCUGCUAA